AACCUCCAUCUGGAGGGUACCAACCAUAUCCAGUGAACGAAAAGGACUCGGCGAACUCGGCUGGAUCGUAUCCAAAUUACCCACCGUAUCCAGCGUACCCAUUCACAAGUACUGGGUACUCAGGGUACGGAGAGCUAACCGGUUUCAAGCAAGAUAACAACACACAAACGUCUGGAUUCGAAGAUCCAUAUGAACGGAAAGCGUUCAUUUGUAAAGUGUAUUUAUUUCUGAUGGUACAAUCACUGGUGGAGGCAGGAAUUAUCUCGAUGUGCAUUUUCGUCCAGGAAGUAAAAAAAUUUAUAAUUCAGCGUGGUGUUAUAUGGCUUAUGUGCGUAGCCUUCGGAAUCCAAUUGCUUACUUACCUUGCGCUGUGGAGCUGCACGUUGUCUUGUCGACGCAAAGUGCCAUGCAACUACAUACUUCUCUUUAUUAUUCCGCUCCCCUUGGGUUUCACGCUAGGGCUCCUCUCAGUGCUGCUCAGAACCGACAAAGUAUUAUUGACAGUGAUAAUAUUAGCUGCUGUAUGCCUAGGACUAAUGCUGGUCGCCUUCAUGACCAAGAACUUCACAGUGAGCUGCGGUAUACGUGUUUGUUGCUGCGUCGUGCUCAGCAUGUUUGGUAUGCAUAUUGCAUACAUCUCUAUGUUAUCAACAAGAGGCCUCACUAUAGAUUCCCUUUAUUAUAGCAUUUCCUACGUAAUAUCCCUAACUUUCUCGAUAGUUUUAGUCCAAUGCACACAACUCCUGAUGGAUGGUAAAUGGACAUACAUUAUAUCACCCGCGGAGUACGUCUUCGCCGCAUCAAGCUUGUACGUCAACAUAAUUGGCUGUUUCCAGUUUUUAUUGUCUGCCUUCAGGCCACGCCGAACCCAACAGAUCCACCGAAUAAUCGUGCAUGUAACAUAAAUGUACGUGUAUAAAGGAAAUACUGCAACUUUACAGGAGCAAUUAAAAACUUAAAAUUAAAUAAUUACUCUCUGGUGAUUAGAUAUACUUAACUACAAUGUAUGACCAAAUUAAAGAUAAAAAACACAGUAUCUUAUAUUAAAAUAUAAAACUCGGAACUCGAAAAUAUAGAGUUAGUUUAUCAGAAAUUAAUAAAAAAAUUCUUUAAAAUUUCUAUUCUCGUAAAAAAUACUUU